AUGAAAUUUGUAUCGAUUGCUGUAUUACAGCUACUGUCGACUGCAGUCAUUGCUCAUCCAUCUAUUGGUGGGCAAUCCGUCGAGCUUGAAAAGCGAGGAUUAGACGAUUAUCUGAAGCAACAAGAACAACAACAACAACAAGAACAAGAACAAAUAUCCCAUGGCAGUGGAUCUCAUCUUUCAACUGGAAACGACGUGCAAAAUCUUGGUACAGGUUCAACCGAAGCUGGAUCAACAAGUGAACAACCUUCUCAACAACCUCCCCAGCAACCUCCUCGACAGCGAAUCAAUCACAAUUUAUAUCUGAAAUCUGGACAGAAAUCUGGACAGCAAUCUGAGCAACCUCCUCAACAACAAUUAGAUCCUCAGCCUUCUCAACAACCUCCUUCACGGCGAUUCGAUCCUAGUUUCUACCUGAAACCUCGGCAGCGAUCUGGCUUUCUUUAUCAACCACAGCCCGAUCCUCAACCCGAUCAACAGACUCCUGAGCAACAGAUUCCUGAGCAACAGAUUCCUGAACAGCAGAUUCCUGAACCACAGUCAUCUGAACCACAGAUUCCUGAACCACAGUCAUCUGAACCACAGAUUCCUGAACCACAGUCAUCUGAACCACAGAUUCCUGAACCACAGUCAUCUGAACCACAGAUUCCUGAACCACAGUCAUCUGAACCACAGUCAUCUGAACCACAGAUUCCUGAACAACAGACUCCUGAGCAACAACCUCCACGGCGAUUCAAUCCCAAUUUAUAUCUGAAAUCUGGACAACGAUCUGGACAACAGACUUCUGAACAACAGACUUCUGAGCAACAACCUUCUCAGCAACCUCCUCGACAGCGAUUCGAUCCCAAUUUAUAUCUGAAAUCUGGACAACGAUCUGGACAGCAAUCUGAGCAACCUCCUCAACAAUUAGAUCCUCAACAGCACCCUGAUUCUCAACCCGAUCAACAUACUUCUGAGCAACAGCCUUCUGAACAACACCCCAAUUCAGAUCAUGAUAACUCUAAAGUCAACACUACACCUAACGUUGAACACGAACCCCCUUCAAGUGACCAGCUAAAACCCGAAUAUAGGGGCACUCGUCCUGGUGCUAGUGUUGAUUUCUUUGGUAACUAUAUGGGAAUUCCAGGAUGGGGAACUAUGACACUAAUGCAACAACUGAUGGAAAUCGAAGGUCGUAUGAGAGAGGUUGGUCUCACUGUUCCAGACACAUUCGAAUUGGGAUAUCCGUUUACUAUAGAUCCAGAAUUGAUGGAAGAUCUCUUGAUGAGAAUUUGGGGAGGAGGUCAGAUAUCUGAUGAUUAUAGGCCAUUGCUACCUGAACUACUACUGGGAACAACGUGGGAGAUGCUCAGAUUAGUGUUUGAGCCCACUGGCCCAAGUCCAGUAAGAGUUCUAGUACAGUUUGAUGAGCAAUUGAAAUCAUGCAUGAAAUCAAAAAAAUGCAAGUAUCCACUUCGGAAACGUAAAAAAAUAAGCUUUGGGGGCCUAAAUCUUAGGGAGUUUGACAAAGAGGAUCCACCUGACGAAAAUCUUGGGGAUGAUACUUUUGAAAUUCUGCAAGACAAGAAAAAGGUCAAGGCUCUCAAAAAAGAGCGUGAGGAGGAAAGAUAUCAACAAGAACUUGAACAAGCAUCCGAACAAGGACCUGAAUCCGAACAAGAACAAGAAUCCGAACAGGAACCUGAAUCCGAACCCGGACAAGAACUUGAACAAACACCCGGACAAGAACCUGAAUCCGAACAGGAACUUGAAUUUAAAUUUGAAUUUGAACCCGAGCAAAAACUUGAAUCCAAACAAGAACCUGAACAAGAGCUUGAACAAACACCUGAACAGGAACUUGAACAAACACCUGAACAGGAACUUGAACAAACACCCGAACAAGAACUUGGACAAACACCCGAACAAGAGCUUGAACAAACACCCGAACAAGAACUUGAACAAACACCCGAACAGGAACUUGAACAAACACCCGAACAGGAACUUGGACAAACACCCGGACAAGAACAAGAAUCCGAAUCCGAACAAGAACCCGAACCCGAACAAGAACUCAAAAAACAUCAUAAAAAGAAAGAGCUCAAAGAAGCACUACGUCAACAGAAACAGGAACGGCAUGAGCUAAAACAGCGUCUCCAGGAGUUUGAAGACAGACAGCAUGAAUUAGAUCUUGAGCAACAGCUUCAACAUGAGUUUGAGGAAAAACUGCAUCAAGAAAGGCAGGCCUGGAAAGAACUUCAACAACAGCGUGAGCAGGAUCCUGAAAGACAGCAUGAGCGACAGCAGCGCCGAAAGAUGCUCGAAGAAAGGCAUAAACAAGAACAUCAUAAAAAGAAAGAGCGCGAAGAGAAACAACGUCAAAAAGAACUCGAACAGCAGCCUGAACUCGAACAGCGUCUCCAGGAGUUUGAAAGCAGACAGCGUUCAAUUCAACUUGAAAAAAUGCUUGACCGGGACUUUGAGGAAAACUUUAAAAAACAAGGUCGGAAACUCAAACAAAAGCUUGAAAAAGAACGUCAACAGAAUCCUGAAGAACAGCAUGAGCGACAGCAGCGCCGAAAGGGAUCCGAAGAAAGGCAUAAACAAGAACAUCAUAAAAAGAAAGAGCGCGAAGAGAAACAACGUCAAAAAGAACUCGAACAGCAGCCUGAACUCGAACAGCGUCUCCAGGAGUUUGAAAGCAGACAGCGUUCAAUUCAACUUGAAAAAAUGCUUGACCGGGACUUUGAGGAAAACUUUAAAAAACAAGGUCGGAAACUCAAACAAAAGCUUGAAAAAGAACGUCAACAGAAUCCUGAAGAACAGCAUGAGCGACAGCAGCGCCGAAAGGGAUCCGAAGAAAGGCAUAAACAAGAACAUCAUAAAAAGAAAGAGCGCGAAGAGAAACAACGUCAAAAAGAACUCGAACAGCGUCUCCAGGAGCUUGAAGACAGACAGCGUUCAAUGCAACUUGAAAAAAUGCUUCAACGGGACUUUGAGGAGAAAGUUGAAAGACAAGGUCGGAAAUUCAAACAAAAGCUUGAAAAAGAACGUCAACAGGAACUCGAAGAACUUGAAAAGCAGCGCCAAGAAAAGGAGGAUCAAAAGGAGUCCGAGUCAAAGAGUAGUGGCUUGCCUGAAAAUCUGGAAUCAAAGUUCAUAAAGCAGAAAGCAGAUACCGAAGAUAUCAAGGAAAGUCAUACUCCCGUCCAGUCAGAAUCUCCAAGCAAGCCUUCUGAACACACUGAACCACAAGGUCGAAAGGUUUUUAAAAUUAAACUGGCCACCGAGACAGCUGAGACAACCGAGGUUACUCCAACUCCCGUCCAGUCAGAAUCUCCAAGCAAACCUUCUGAACACACUGAACCACAGGGUUCAAAGUUUUUUAAAAUUAAACUGGUCACCGAGACGGCCAAGGCAACCAAGACAGCCGAGGUUACUCCAACUCCCGUCCAAUCAAAAUCUGCGACUAGCUCUCGAGCACCACCCAGUCGUAUAACAGUAGGUCCAUCUCGAUUCCAGGCACAAUACUUUUGA